CAAUUAUCAUACAUAUUGUAAAUUACCUAGGAUAACCCCCCCAAAAAAGUCAAGACAGAUUUCGUUAGGGUCACAUUUCUAACCAUCUGUAUAACAUAAAACUAUCUCUAGUGUAAAUCACAAGCAAUAUUGUAAAAAUUUUAACUAUAUAUUUUAUAACUAGCAAGAACGAACACGGCAGCAGGCCUAGUAAGUUUAUUUAGGCACAGUUAAGUACUUAUUAAGUACACUUAAGUACAAUUAUCAGUGUAAAUUACCUAGGAUAACCAAAAAAAUUCAAAGUGACUUAUUUCCAUGGGCCUACUGGCCCACGCUAGGCAGGUCUACCUCACAUCCAAUCAUCAUCGGGAAACAUUCAUUUACCUUAAAAACAAACGUUAAACGCGACGGGCUGGAGUUUUGAGACUCUAUGACCGCGGGUUCAAUCCCGGCCGGGGGUAUGGGUUAAACCCGCAUGGCUAAGAACGUGAGCGUGUAUUGAAGUGAAGCAGAGAUUCACCCUGACUCCACCACCAUGGCGGCUACAAGGAGGACUGUACAUGUCUUCUCUAUUAUCCCUCGCCUCUCCCAGCUGGUGCAAGAUGGUCUACCUGACGUGCAGGUGGUACAGGUGGACGUGGCAGGAAGUAUUGCUGGGAAGUAUUCUAAAGAAGUUACAGAGGAGGAAGUUAAUGCUUUGCAAGAGGCAGAAUUGCUCUUGGUGGAUAAUAAUCUUCUUGUUCAGAUGACAGAUCGAUUACCAAGACUACGGUGGGCCCAGGGAACAUGGGCGGGGGUUGAAGGACUUGUCAGUAACUUCAAGGACAAGCCAAAGCCCACAUUCCCAGUCACCCGCAUGGCCAGUGACACCUUCAGUCAACUCAUGGCAGAAUACACUGUUGGUUGGAUCAUUAGCCAUGAACGAGGUUGGCUGGACUGUAGGCAGUACCAGCUGAAAGGUGAAUGGGGGCACAAGGGCAACAUAGCAUAUUAUCGCAGCCUGCGGGAGUUAACGGUGGGUGUCCUUGGCAUGGGGAUCAUUGGUAAAGAGGUGGCCAGGUCUUUAAAAGGCUUCAGUGCAACAGUUCAUGCUUACACCCGCACUGCACCCUCUGUGGAAAACAAGUCAAAUAAUGUAGAUAAAUACUGGCACACUGGAGAGUUGCACUCGUUUCUACAACAGUGUGAUUACAUUGUUAAUAUAAUUCCAUCGACUCCUGAGACCAGAGGAAUGUUGGGAGGCAACACGUUAAAAAAUGCCAAGAAGAAUGCAGUCUUCAUCAACAUUGGCCGGGGAGAUAUCAUCAGUGAGACUGACAUUGUGAAAGCUCUUGAUUGUGACUGGAUCUCAGCAGCAAUACUGGAUGUGUUUCUAAAGGAACCAUUACCAACAGAUAGCCUACUUUGGAAACAUCCUAAGGUGAUGAUAACUCCGCAUGCAGCAGGUGUUAGUCGUGCAGUGGAUGUUGCUGACGCUUUUAUUGCUAACUUCAGACGUUACACUAAGGGACUUGUUGUUGAGAAUAUAAUUAAUUGGGACAGAGGCUAUUAGUUGAGGAUUAAACACAUUUACAAUCUUGAAAUGAUAAUUUUUUUAGCUCUGUAAUACAUACUUAAAUACGCUUUUUUUUAGUAGUUUUAAUGAAACGUAUUGAAAAAGUGCAGGAUACUUCAAUGUUUCAUGCACAUGUAAUGUAAUGAAGUUAACAUAUGGUUAGCAUGCCAUUUGUCUCACAGCUGUAAAAACCAAGUUAGAAUCCUGAGUGAGGAUACAAGGCCUCAUCACAUGGCUGUGGAAAAGGAAAGCAUUUGUGUCUAUUUUUCCUCAGGAGAGGUUUCGUUGUUGAAGCUAGAAUAUUUUAUCAUUGGACAAUCAGUUUAGACUGAUGACAUAGAUUUGUCACCACAGUCAAUAAGUGGCAGCCAGGCAAUUAAUACAUCAACUAAGAAGAGACAACAGAGAAAGAAUAGCUAGUAUGAAGUGAAGAGUACAUAUAAUCUUAAAUUCUUAUUGUACAUUUUAUUUGUGUGUUUCCUCUGAGUUUAUCAGUUGAUAAGAAGUAUGUUUUAAUUGUUUUUUGGUAAUUAAAUGGGACAUGUAGGAGUGCUGUUGGAGUGUUCAGUAAGGUAACAUGUAUGGAGUCAGGGAAACCGGCAGGCUGGAUUUCAGUCCUGAAGAUGGGAAGUACAGUGUCUGCACUCUGAAGGAGGGGUGUUAAUGUUGCAGUUGUAUAACUGUAGUGUAAGCGCACCUCUGGCAAGACAGUAAUGGAGUGAAUGAUGAUGAAAGUGUUUCUUUUUUGGGCCACCCUACCUUGGUGGGAGAAGGCUGAUGUGUUAAUAAAAAAUAAUAAUAAAAUAAAAAUAAAUGUA